AUGAUGGAAUUGCAUAGCAAAGCGUGUGUUGCCGAAAGUAUCAUAUUUGAGGUUGACAAUGAAAAAGAAGAAAGCGUUAAUCUGGAGGAAUAUGAAAACUUUUCUUGCAACUUAGCAAUAAUAUUAGCAAGAAACAGGGAAGUGGUAGCAGUAAGAUUGAUCCACCACGCAAAUAAAUGUGAUGUUUACCUUGCUAAAAACAGCCCUUGGACCAACAUAGAUGUUGAGUAUAUCGACGAAAUCGAGAAAUAUGUUAAAAGUUUGUCUAAAGAUGCUCACAUCAAAUUAGAAGUUGCUUUGGAAAGAGAAGAUGUGGGGAAUUUAUUCGGACGUGUAUUGGAGUAUUGUUCUGCUAAGAUCGAUAAUAGAUUUGAAAAACUUAAGGGCGACAUAAAAGAUGAUAUAAAAAAUAAUAAACAAGAUCCGCAUAUUAGAACUUUUAUGGAUUAUGCAAAUAUUAACGCUAAGAAUAUAGAUGAAGUAGAUGGAUACACUUUAAGUCCGUCUCAGUACAAACUCCAAUUUGCUAAUAUACGUGUGCGUAGAAUUGAUCCCGUUAUUAUUAAUCAACCCAUAUCUUUUUGGAAGAAUACUGUCCAAAGGUAUAUUCCUGAUCCCGCACAGUAUGAAGAAUUUAAGAGGAGAUGUUUGAACGAUAAAUACAUAUCAGGAAGACUAACCAAUAUAUAUGGUAGCGUAGAUGGACUGGACAACGAAGACAUCAAACAACGCAUAUUUGUAAACAGAAAAGGAUAUAAAGUCUACACUUCUGGAGCGCAUAAGAAAUUAUUUUCUAAAUGGUUACUUCCGGAAUUAAAAGACAUCUCCCUCAGAAAUGAAUCCUUGAAUUAUAUGAUAAACCAACUUGAUAAGGUCAUUAAUAAAGAAAUAGCAAAACAUUAG